AUGCUGGUAGCUCACCAUGACCUGCAAGCAAAGAAGCUACCAAAGAGCAAGACGCCUGUCAAUGCCGACAAAUACACUACCAGGAUGCUGCUGAAGCGAGUGCAUACGACCACCGAUGUCGCAGACGCGAAGGACUUCACCACAGCCAUCGUCAAGCUGUACAAGGGCAACGGCUUGUACCCACUCAGCGCGAUCAAGAAGCUUGCCACCUUCCCAGACACUUUCGACCUGGCAGUUGACCAACUGUUCGAGGCAUUCUCCAAAGCUAGCAGUCCCGCCAACUACAUGGACCACAUGAAGUAUUGGAGGUCGAUCAGAAAGCCACAAGGCGCCUUCGGUCGCUACAUCAAGAACUUCGAUCAAGCUUUGGCCUGGAUGAUCUGCUCACACUGGCUCCACCUGCUGAAGGAGGGUCGAGACCUCGACUGGCUGCCCAUGUACUUGGAUGAUCGCAUCCGAAAGGUAUGGAGUGCGCUACUCGGCGCGUCAUCACCUCCAUUCAAGUAUCGAGACGUCUUGACCAAGAAGGACCCUUCAAUCUUCAGCACUGCUCUUGGCCUAUUGAAGUUCUGCCAAACACGAUGUGCUGUCGGGAUCAAGGUCAUGCGCGUUGCGGGUCACCGUCUCCCGCCAGAGCUAGUCAACGCGAUCAAGGAGAUGGCCAUCGGACGUGGCGAGUUUCUGAAUAUGGUGAAGCUCAUGCUUAACGCAGGUGAUCAAGGAUGCGCACGGAUGCUUGUAUUCCCUCCAGGUGUGCCACCACGAGGAUUCAGCCGAAUGCUUCGCACGCCACGCUGGGCAGAUCCGUUGAAAGAAUUCCUAGAACUCUGUCCAACAGUUGGCAACUGA